ACCGACAUUUGUCGACAGUCGACACAAAAAAUAUUAAACUAUCACCAAAUUAUAGAAAAUAAUUGGACAAUUGUGAACUCGUGAUUUUAUAGAACAUAUAAAUUUUCUAUAUUUACCAGAUUUUGCUGUAACCGGUAAAGAUCAGCUCUCGGAGUUUCUUGAUUCCGUUCCUGAACGUUAUCAACAGAUUGAUGUCGCGCUCCCAUUGUAAACGAGAUUUCAUGUCGCAAAAUGGAUGCGUUUAAUUUAUGAUAAUAAUCUCAGCGAAGUGUCUCAACUGCCGUACCGUGUGACAGCAAGACCGACUUACGUGGCACGCUUUAUGGAGACCGGCGCUCCUUCUCUACGGACCAUUUAUUAAAAGUAAGCUAGGGGUGGUCCAUGCCCCACGCGGCGCCAGCUACCGCCAUGUCGGCCCCGCCGCGCCACCCACACUUCUACACGGUCGAGGUCGGCGACACGCGCUUCACGAUCCUCAAACGUUACCAGAACCUUAAGCCUAUCGGUUCCGGAGCACAGGGCAUAGUAUGCUGAUCCAGUUAUAACGUUAGCUGAGUAGAAAUGGUUCAGUAUUACUCUGUCACACUCGGUGACACGGUGUUCACGAUACCGACGCGGUACACAGAGCUCGUGCGUCGAGGCGCGGGCGCGCAGGGCAUGGUGUGCGCCGCGUAUGACACGGUGACACAGCAGAAUGUCGCGAUCAAGAAGCUAUCCCGGCCUUUCCAGAACGUGACGCACGCGAAACGCGCCUACCGCGAAUUCAAACUUAUGAAACUUGUCAAUCAUAAAAAUAUAAUCGGUCUCUUAAAUGCGUUCACGCCACAGAAGAGCCUUGAGGAGUUUCAGGACGUAUAUUUGGUGAUGGAGCUGAUGGAUGCCAAUUUAUGCCAAGUGAUUCAAAUGGAUUUGGAUCACGAGCGUAUGAGCUACUUGCUCUAUCAAAUGCUGUGUGGCAUCAAGCAUCUUCAUCUUGCUGGAAUUAUACAUCGGGACCUGAAGCCGUCCAACAUAGUGGUAAAAAGCGACUGCACGCUUAAGAUCCUCGACUUCGGUCUGGCGCGUACCGCUGGCACUACCUUCAUGAUGACUCCAUACGUCGUCACCAGAUAUUAUCGUGCGCCUGAGGUAAUCCUCGGUAUGGGCUACACGGAGAACGUGGACAUAUGGUCGGUCGGCUGCAUCAUGGGGGAGAUGAUUCGCGGUGGAGUGCUCUUCCCGGGGACCGACCACAUCGACCAGUGGAACAAAAUUAUAGAGCAACUGGGCACGCCGUCGGCCGCCUUCAUGGCGCGCCUGCAGCCCACCGUGCGCAACUACGUGGAGAACCGGCCGCGCUACGCCGGCUACAGCUUCGAGCGCCUGUUCCCCGACAUCCUGUUCCCCUCCGACUCCAGCGAGCACAACCGCCUCAAGGCGUCGCAGGCGCGGGACCUGCUGUCGCGCAUGCUGGUCAUCGACCCCGAGCGCCGCAUCUCGGUGGACGAGGCGCUGCUGCACCCCUACAUCAACGUGUGGUACGACGAGGGCGAGGUCAACGCGCCGGCGCCCGCGUCCUACGACCACUCGGUGGACGAGCGCGAGCACACGGUGGAGCAGUGGAAGCAGCUCAUCUACCAGGAGGUGGUGGAGUACGCCGCGCCGCCGCCCGCCGCGCACGCCGCGCCGCCGCCCGACCACGCGCAGCCCGCGCUCACCACAUAGGUGCCAGUGGAGCUGACCGCCGAGACGUGAGCCGAGAGUCUGGGCGCGGACGGGCUGUGAUCGAUUCCAAUCAAUCUGUUAAUAAAUAAACUGAUGUAUAUAUUUAUUGCGGUUUAAUGUGCAAUAACGACGUCGGGGCCCGCGAGGUCUCGCUCCAGUAACGAUGUAAGUCGACUCGCUCGGUUCGCUCGGGAACUGUUAUCUUGUCUAUUAAUUGUAGUUUCUUCCUGUUUCUAAAUAAUAUAUAGGGUAAGUUAUGUUUGCGUAUAUAUAUUACUCGUUCCUUUGUUUCGAGCUCGACGGAGAAUUCGAUUGUGAGUAGGAACUGGCCGCGGGGUGAAAUCGUGUAUUUUAUUAGGAAAUAAUAUAACGAGGCGCCAUCUUCGACCCACUAGUGACAUUACAGAUUUUGCUAAACGUAUACCCCGAGUUGAUUUGCAUGAAGGAGUGCCUUUCGCAAUUUGCUAAUAAAAUAUUGGUGAUUUUUCACGAUACGGACUGAAUUUGAUACGUUUGGAUAUUUUUGUAAUAUAUUAUCGAUGGCGGCGUGACGAAAGCGUUUUUUCCGUUUGCAAGUUUAUUUUAUUCUUUAUUUAAUUUUAUUAGAAAUAAAAGAGUUGAGCUUGAUAUUUGUUAUGUUGUUUUUAAUCACGCGAUCCGUUUUUUUUUUACUAUAUUAUUAUUAUUGACCUGUAAGUAUGAAAUAUUGCAAAUUACUGAGCCGUGAAAAAUCUAUUUUCUGAUCCCAUUUUGCCAAUAUAUCGAUGAAUAUCAGAACGAAUUAAAAGUGCAGUGCCAUUUUGUGUAUUCGCUACGUACUCGCGUACUCGCCGUUUCGUUAGUGAGGUAGUGCCGUUGUGUUUGCGUGCGUGCCGACUUCCGAGGUCAUUCGAUUACUUCACGAUCUGUUUCGUAGACACACAUGAGAUAGUCACUCGGGAUUUUGUGAUGUUCAUAGUUUUCCAUAAGUAGUUUGUAAACCUAGUUGCGUUGUUGACGAUAUCGUAUCGAAUGUACGGAUGUAGUUGAAUAAGUACAUUUUUACCUAAGUAGUGUAAUAGAUGGUCUCACGCGUUAAGGCCGAGGACACACCGAUACGUUGACAGCUUUUGUUAACCAAAUAUUAUUCUUAAAGUUAUAAAAUGUAGUGAAAUGUUUCUAUCGAAAUUAGAAGCCGAAUAUGACAUUAUUAUAAUGUAUAUUUAGAUAUAUAUACAGUUUUUAUGAAACGGAAAUUAUACAUGGCUUAACGUGUGAGGUACGUCGUAGGUUAUUGUUUGAAACCUCACUAGGUGAUAUAAUUAUAUGAUAAGUGAAAACAAAGAAUGUUGAUAGUCUUUAUCGGGUGGUUUCAGCAAAUAGCACAAUUUAUUAGCUAUAGAAUAAUGCUGGGCGGAGAUGUAUGUGAAGAAGAGUUUACCGUAUACUAAACUAUAUGUAAAAAAUACAAGAGCAUUUUUAUCUCUAAUGCCACUCAUUCGACGAAGAUUCGUACGAAACCUAAUCGCGAAUGUGUAGCGCCGACAUUACGAUGUCAACGUCGUAUUGAGAUAUUGUUAAGUAUGCGAUAAACGAAAUCAAGUUUGAGAUACGACUUAUAAUAUUAUAAAUCGAAAGCAAUAAUACAUUUCCAAUUUUCCCUCCUCGAGCGCAAAAAUUGCCGAUUCGCUUAUUUCUUGUACGAAACAUAUCAAGGACGUUUCAAUAGAUAGGUUAAUUUACUGUUACAAGCAAACCGUUUGAUUCAAUUGCCGCUCCAUAUAGAGAUAUGUUACUUUACUUUUGUUCCAUGUCGUACGUCAUUGUGACAUUGACAUUUUGUUAUACUGAAUGAGCGGGAAAAGUUUAUGUCAAAAGCCGUUACAAAAAAGAAAAAGAUAACGAUGUCUCUGGUAAUGCCUUCCAUGCAUUAUGUUUGUGGUUUAACGACAGAACGAGAUAAUUAUAUUUACCACACAUAUUAAUGUAUGAAAUAAUGAUCGUUAUCUCUGUCACACUUUUAUCGGCUGAAAUCGUAUAUGAAAUUAUAUAAACAAAUAAAUUCUAUAUUAUUGUUAGCUAUUGCAGUCGCUUUCAUAAGAAGGAAUGUUAUGAAGCGGACGAAAAAGCUAACAAUAAUAAUACUAUGAACAAUUGUUCAAUUAGUAGUAAAAAAAUAUAUAUUUGGUAUCAGCAAUAUGAAAGUCUAUGAAGAUCAUUGUAUACAAUAAUUAAAAGAAUAUCUAAAUGUAAGUAGGGAUGUGUAAAUAUAAACAUGUAAAAUAAGUUGAAUGGAACGAAAGUGAAGAGAACAUGCGCUAUCUAUAGGACAUUCUGUUUAUCGCUAUAGUAAAUAAAUAAUUCACAACUGUACGUCCAAAUUGUCCAUUUAUAUGUUAAUGUACCUAUUGCAAAUUACAAUAAUGUAAUCUUUAGAAUGUAUUUAGUAUUAAAACAAGGGUUAAGGUAGUAGCAACGUUGAACGCAGGCCGAGCGGCUUCUAGCGGUACUUGGUUUGACACUUGGAUGACUAUCUUUAACAACUUAUUUUUACUGUACACGUAAGUUAUUUCAUAUUUUAACUGAAUAAAUCAAAAUGGUUAUUAUA